AUGUGUGCAUCUGUCAAUAAUACUUCGUUGGAGAUAACUCAACCUCAACAACCAAGAAAUUUUCAGUGGAACUUAUUACCUUCGAGUUACGUUUCAAGUUAUUCUAAACAACAAACUUACACUGGCUUUCCUAACGAUAUAAUUCAAUGGUCAGCAAGUGAUGCAGAAAAGAAAUACAUUUUUGUAAAUGACAAACAAUAUAACCGAAUAAUGAAGAGAAGAAGUGAACGACGUGCAUUAGAAUUUCGGAGUAUUUCUUCAUCACACAAACAGAAAUUUAAAUAUGAGUCUAGGCAUCUUCACGCAAUGAACAGACAAAGGGGAGAAGGUGGAAGGUUUUGUAGUAAAAAGAAAAUUGAACAGUCUCAAGUUUCCAACACUACUUCUCCUCAACAAGUAAUUGAAACUACUUUAAUUGGUUCAGACAAUCUUGUUAUUUCUCCUAUUGAGCCUAUACAAUCAGUUCAAUUAAAUUCAGGUAUUACACAAACACCAACCAUUUCAUAUGAAACUAAUAAUAUUCCAGUACAAUUAAAAGAUCUCAACACUCAUCCUUAA